AUGCCUUUGCUUCUCUUCUCCAGGGUUGCCUGUGCCAUUAGCAUGAGGAACCACACCUCUGUGACAGAGUUCAUCCUGCUGGGAAUUUCCAACACUGAAGGACUAGAGAGCAUGCUGUUUGCCCUUUUCCUGAUCUUCUAUGUCUUCGCCUUGCUGGGGAACCUGCUCAUCUUCCUCACCAUCCUGGCUUCUCCCAACCUCCACACCCCCAUGUAUUUCUUCCUGGGGAACCUGGCAGUGUUUGACAUAUUCUUCCCUUCUGUGAAUUCUCCUAAGAUGAUGGACUACCUAGUACGUCGAGGCCGAACCAUCUCAUACCAGGGAUGUGUCUCCCAAGUCUUCUUCUAUCACACUCUGGGUGGCACAGAAUGUUUUCUGUACACAGUGAUGGCUUAUGACCGCUUUGUGGCUAUUUGUCACCCUAUGAGAUACACAGUCAUUAUGAACCACAGGGUAUGUACCUGCCUCACAGUGGGCACUUGGGUUGGGGGCUUUGUCCAUGGGAGCAUCCUCACAUUUCUUAUUUUUAAGUUACCCUACUGUGGCCCGAAUGAGGUGAACAGUUUCUUCUGUGACAUUCCUGUGGUGCUGUCCCUGGCUUGUGCAGAUACCUCUCUAGCAAGAACUGUGAGUUUUACCAAUGUUGGCGUCGUUGCGCUCACAUGUUUUCUUCUCAUUCUCACUUCUUAUACUCGUAUUGUGAUCUCCAUCCUAAAAAUCCGUUCCUCGGAAGGCAGGCGCAGAGCCUUCUCGACCUGCAGUGCCCACCUGACAUCUAUCAUCUUGGUCUAUGGCCCUGUGAUUCUUGUUUAUCUCAGACCUGCUUCUAGUCCCUGGCUGGAUUCUGUUGUUCAGGUGUUUAACAAUGUCAUCACCCCCUCUUUGAACCCUCUGAUUUAUACUCUGAGGAACAAGGAUGUGAAAUUAGCCCUGAAGAAAGUGCUAUCUCAAGGGGCCCAGCCUUUAGGGUAUAAGGAAUAG